GACACACAACCCUGCCCGUGCCGCUCCUGCUCCUCUCUGCCGGCCCAGCCCUGGAGCCCAGGGCUUUCAGGAUCCUGGAUCUGGACCCUGCUGAUGAAACCUGAAAUCCAGCUCCCGGGUGUGGCUGUGCUGAGCGCUGGUGGCAGCGGGGGCGGUGUCAUCGUUCCCAUCCUCCCCAUCCUUCCCAGCAGGGUCCUGCCAUGGCCGAGCUGGCAGGAUGCGGUGCCGGCUGUGCCCGGGCUGGCAGCCCUGUCCCACGGGAAGAGGAGCCCUGCAGCAGCUCCAGCUCCGUCUGCACCGAGGAUUUGGCUGCCAGCUUUUGGGAGGCGAUGGUGGAGCCGCUGCUGUGCCAGCAGGAGCCUGCCGGGGGUGUCCCCAGGGCAGGAGCUCACCCCGGGCAGGACGAGCCCUUGUUCCCCGCAGGGAGAAGCCCGGACACGGCCAUGGAGCCCAGCAGAGCCCCCCGGCAGGACAGCUCUGCAUCCCGGAGCAGCCUGGAGUCCCUGGGAGCCAGCAUCUCCCGUCUGAGCCUGAGCCAUGGCGGGGUGUCCCGUCCGGGCCCCCCUGCCCAGGCAGCCCUGGCACACGGGGACACUGCCCGUGGGGAGCUGCUGGGCACAGCUGGGCACCCCUGGAUCGCUGCUGGGAUCGCUGCUGGCAGGAGCAGGGCUGGGGCUGGGGCAGGGACAGGAGCUCCGGGCAGCAGCGCUCCCAGGGCCAGCAGGGCCACAACCAGGGGACAUCCCGCCCUCUGGGGACGUGGAAGGAAUGUCACCUUCAGUGUGGCUGCCAUGGACAGGGAAGGAGCGGCCAGCAGCAGGAGCGCUGACACAGCUGUGAGAGCCCCCCGGCCAUGGAGGUCACCGUUGUCCCCAGGGCUGCGAGGGGACCAGAAAGGGGAGCUGCCCUGCAAGGGGCUGGUGGGGCAUCCACUGUGGAGGAGCCAGGAGGGGACACGAGUGCUGGGAUCUGGUGCCAGGCCCAGAAGCCAAGGGGACAGAGCCAGGACUGGCCUGGCACUGCUGAGACACACCUGGGACACCUGUCACCGCUGCCACACGGACCUGCAGAGCACGUCUUGGCAGGGGCAGGGAGCCCGUGUGAGCCAGGAGCAGCUGGACAAGGAGAGAAGGAAAAUAACAACUUCAGAAGAAGAGAAACUGGAGCUGCUGGAGAGGCUGCGGGAGCUGGAGCGGGGCAGCCGCCACCUCCUGCGGCAGCGGCUGCGGGUCCUGCACCGCCUGCAGGGGCUGCUGCAGAGGGACCGGGCCCAGAGCCUGCGGCUGCUCCGGGAGGCCAUGGAACAGGAGCCGCUCGGCAGCAGCGCCCAGUGGGAGCAUCGCCCGAGCCGGGCCGGGGGCUCCGCGGCCCUGAGGAACGCCCCGGUGGCUCCCCGGGCACACGGCCCCCGGCCCGGCACUGCCCUGGCACCGGGCCCCUCGCCGGCAGCCCUCAGCCGCGCUCUCCACGUCCUGCGGGGGCUCCGGCAGCAAAUCCAGCGGCGCCUCGGGCAGUGGCAGGGCCUGGAGGGAGCCCUGGGAGCCGCCGGGCAGAGGAACGAGGAGGGGGAGCACAGGCAGCGGCCACAGAAGGUCCCGGCUCCAGGAGCCCCGAGGGAGCCCCUGAUCCAGGUGAAUCAGGCCCCGGAUCCUUCCCCGAGGCUGGGCUGGGGUUCACGGGCCAGGCCUCAGGGGUUGGGGUCUCUGAGAGCCUUGGGGACCCCCAGAUCCCCUCCAGAGGCUCCGUGCCCUGCUCUGCCUGCUGGAAUGUCCACCGGGUGACGCUGUGUGUGUGUCCUGCCACUGCAGCUGCCCCGUGUCCAUGGCUGAGCUCCAAGGCACGAGGAGCCAGGAAUGUGUGGGCAGGAUGCUCCUGGAGCUCCCAGCCCGGGCUGAGCUGCCCUUUCCCUCCCCUGUGCAGGGACAGAGGGAAUGUCCCCAUCCCGCCUCCAUCCCAGGGCUCCCCCAGCCCGGCCGGGGCUCCCCGGGGCUCCUGCAGCACCUGCAGCACCUCCAGCACCUCCAGCACCUCCAGCACCUCCAGCACCACCUCCGGGAGCUGCAGCUGGAGCAGACCCAGAGCCCAGGGACCCCCCCUGCCCUGGGGGCACCGCUGGGCACCAGGGCCAGGCAGGGGCUGGGGGCUCCCCCUGUGCCCCAGCCCUGCUGCUGACCCAGGGGAGCAAGGGGGGCUCCAGUGUGGGGCACAAUUCCUGCUGGAACAGCACUGUGGCCCCAGGCAGUCCCACCACCAUCAAUCCGUGCCUCCCGGAGAGCCCAGGGCCUGUGUUGAUCCUGGGGUAAUCAGGAGGAAUGGCCAUGUGUGACGGUGUUCACAAGGGUUUUCAGAUGAGGGAAGAGAUGAGGAUCUGACUCCAUGUUUCAGGAGGCUUGAUUUAUUAUUUUAUGAUAUAUAUUAUAUUAAAACUAUACUAAAAGAAUAGAAGAAAAGGUUUCAUCUCAGAAGGCUCGCUAAGCUAAGAAUAGAAACGAAUGAAUAACAAAGGCUUGUGUCUCGGACAGAGAGCUGAGCCAGCUGACUGUGAUUGGCCAUUAAUUCCAAACAUCCAACAUGAGACCAAUCACAGAUGCACCUGUUGCAUUCCACAGCAGCAGAUAAUCAUUGUUUACAUUUUGUUCCUGAGGUUUCUCAGCUUCUCAGGAGGAAAAAUCCUAAGGAAAUGAUUUUUCAUAAAAAGAUGUCUGAGACAGCCAUGAAAUCCCAGGAAGCCUCUGCAGAGCCUGCCUGGAUCAGGCUCAGGGCUCCCACAUGUUCUUCCCACCCUGCUCCCAUCUCCCACUCUGGGACAGAGCAGGGACUGGCUGGAGGUGACAUUUCCUUUUCUGCUCCACCAGUUGGAUAUUUGGGAAAAACUCCAAGCAGAAAAGGUGAUACACUGACCCAGGCUGCUCAUGGAAAUCACCAUCCCUGCAAGUUCCCAAAAAAUGGGUCCAUGUGGCACUUUGGGAUGGGGUUUAGUGGGAUUUGGUCAAAGGCUGGACUUGAUGACCUUGCAGGUCCUUUCCAGCCUGAAUGAUUCCAUGACUCUGAGUUUCCUGCCUGCACACUGAGGUCCCAGGUAUGGAAUUCCAGCAGGCAGAACCAAACUCCUGCAAAUUCCCUGAGGAGCACCACGAGGUUGGGAGGGAUCUUGGAGUGCCCUGGGACCAGUGGGAUCUGCCCAGGCUGGGAUGGCUGACCCUGGGACAGAGGUUUAAUGGAAAAAAACCCAAGGGAAUUGCUCUGUUUGGAUGCUUUAAUUUGGAAAAGGAGAAACCCAUUCCUCACUCUGGGCAGAUCUCCUUGGGAAAUGCUGUUUUAACUGGCAGGAGAACAUCCAAGGGAAAUUUCUCCAUGUGAAAAGGGGGAAAUGGGAAUUUCUUGCAGGAUUUUAUUGCUGUGCCUUGUUCCAGGGGGAGGGA